AUGAUAACACUAAUGACCUAUGCUCCCGCCAGUGUGAGUCUCUCAAGUAGAAAACCAUUUGAUGAAAUAGUUCAAAAGUUACCCUCCAACAUCCUAGCAUCCACACAAAAGAGCAAUUUAGCAUCACCCUCGCAUAAACCACCGGCAUCGCAAAGAAACGCGAUAAAUUCAUCUCAUAAAGAUAAUCUACUUACUCAUCAUAGGCCAACAUUCUACACUACAUCUCAACUAAGUAGUAAAAAUUCACCUCUGCAGCCACCGAUUCAAAGUUAUAGAAAGAAAAGUCAUAAUGAUCGUCGAAGAGACCACUCGCAUAAAUUAUUAGAGGUAGAUAACGAAACAUUUAUAGAAGUGGAAAAUAAACGUAAAAACACUAAAAACACUAAAAACACUAAAAACACUAAAAACACUAAAAACACUAAAAACACUAAAAACACUAAAAACACUAAAAACACUAAAAACACUAAAAACACUAAAAACACUAAAAACACUAAAAACACUAAAAACACUAAAAACACUAAAAACACUAAAAACACUAAAAACACUAAAAACACUAAAAACACUAAAAACACUAAAAACACUAAAAACACUAAAAACACUAAAAACACUAAAAACACUAAAAACACUAAAAACACUAAAAACACUAAAAACACUAAAAACACUAAAAACACUAAAAACACUAAAAACACUAAAAACACUAAAAACACUAAAAACACUAAAAACACUAAAAACACUAAAAACACUAAAAACACUAAAAACACUAAAAACACUAAAAACACUAAAAACACUAAAAACACUAAAAACACUAAAAACACUAAAAACACUAAAAACACUAAAAACACUAAAAACACUAAAAACACUAAAAACACUAAAAACACUAAAAACACUAAAAACACUAAAAACACUAAAAACACUAAAAACACUAAAAACACUAAAAACACUAAAAACACUAAAAACACUAAAAACACUAAAAACACUAAAAACACUAAAAACACUAAAAACACUAAAAACACUAAAAACACUAAAAACACUAAAAACACUAAAAACACUAAAAACACUAAAAACACUAAAAACACUAAAAACACUAAAAACACUAAAAACACUAAAAACACUAAAAACACUAAAAACACUAAAAACACUAAAAACACUAAAAACACUAAAAACACUAAAAACACUAAAAACACUAAAAACACUAAAAACACUAAAAACACUAAAAACACUAAAAACACUAAAAACACUAAAAACACUAAAAACACUAAAAACACUAAAAACACUAAAAACACUAAAAACACUAAAAACACUAAAAACACUAAAAACACUAAAAACACUAAAAACACUAAAAACACUAAAAACACUAAAAACACUAAAAACACUAAAAACACUAAAAACACUAAAAACACUAAAAACACUAAAAACACUAAAAACACUAAAAACACUAAAAACACUAAAAACACUAAAAACACUAAAAACACUAAAAACACUAAAAACACUAAAAACACUAAAAACACUAAAAACACUAAAAACACUAAAAACACUAAAAACACUAAAAACACUAAAAACACUAAAAACACUAAAAACACUAAAAACACUAAAAACACUAAAAACACUAAAAACACUAAAAACACUAAAAACACUAAAAACACUAAAAACACUAAAAACACUAAAAACACUAAAAACACUAAAAACACUAAAAACACUAAAAACACUAAAAACACUAAAAACACUAAAAACACUAAAAACACUAAAAACACUAAAAACACUAAAAACACUAAAAACACUAAAAACACUAAAAACACUAAAAACACUAAAAACACUAAAAACACUAAAAACACUAAAAACACUAAAAACACUAAAAACACUAAAAACACUAAAAACACUAAAAACACUAAAAACACUAAAAACACUAAAAACACUAAAAACACUAAAAACACUAAAAACACUAAAAACACUAAAAACACUAAAAACACUAAAAAAAACUAA